AUGGAUUGGUGCGACGGCUGCGUCCGCGUGUUCAUGCUGGCCUUCGUCAACUCGUUCUUCCUGGGCAGCACGGGGACUUUCAUCUACGUGCUCGUGCGAGAUCACUCCGGCAGCACGACCGGCACCGUCGGGCUCUCCGUCUUCCUCGUCUUCUGGGGGAGCAUCGGCGUCUUCUUCUGCUGCGUCUCCUGUGGCGCCUUGGUCCCGUGGGCUGCGCUUGGCAACGCGCUCCUCUGCUGCGUCCGUCGCAUCGGCUGGCUGCGGCGCCCCAGCGGCGGCGGAGGCGGCAGCACCUUGCCCGCAGCGACGGCGGACAUCCCGGCGUACGAGCUGCGCGACGCCGGGCAGGGGCAGGCAGAUGGCGUGUCUGAUUGCGCGGUGUGUCUUGGCGAGAUGGAGACGGACGAGAUCGUGAAGCGGCUGCCGGUGUGCCUCCACGUGUUCCACCAGCAUUGCGUCGACAAAUGGCUGAGCAACAACUCGACGUGCCCGGUGUGCAGGUGCGACGUGUUCGCGCCGCUGCCGGGGCAAAUGGUGUGA